CUCUGGACAGCUCUGGCCCAAGUCAAGCACUACAGUCCGUCGCAGUGUUUCACGUCAUGCUCCCUCUAACUACAUUGUUCCAUUUCACGGAAUUGCCGGCAUCACUCAAUUAAAUACAAUUAUUGAUUGCACUCUCUCCUAGCUCUCCCCGUCCCUCCUACUUCUCCCUCUCUCGUUUCUUUCCUGAAGUACUGCAGGGAGAGAACAGCAUCGAAAAAAACACCAUCAGACAGCAACUACCUCAGUUCUACAGUGGGACACCAGCCCAUUUACAUUCACAAGACACAAGCAACUCGCCUGGUGCAAUGGCUAACAACCAGCGAAAUCCACUUUUCCUCUCUCCUUAAACAACGCUUGACCAAUGAACACCACAGCCAGUGAGGGUAACUUCCUGUUGUGACUGCAGACUUCAGGGUUUUCCCUGUUGCAUCUCCAGACCCACCACUCUGAUCUGCUCCCAAACCUCUCUGCCUGAUUCCAUCCAUCUCCCUCCGCCCUCUUCUUACCCCCCUGUACUCCCACCCCUGAACGUCCAUCAGAGCUAAAAUGGACGACAGCUACGAAAGCAGGACUUCCUUAGUGAAGGGGGCCAAGGACAUCGUCAAGGAGGCCAAGCGGCACGCUGUGAAAAAGGUCAACAAGGUCGUGGACAGCACCACAGACGAGUACUCCCAGCGCAAAUACAGCCGUUUCGAGGACGAGGUGGACGAGGGGGACGACUUUUACCGUAACCCUCCCAGGCAGGACGGAGGCUACAAUGACAACGACCAGGCCAGUGAUGCCAGCGACGCCACAGAGGGCCAUGAUGACGAAGAUGAGAUCUACGAAGGGGAGUACCAGGGAAUCCCAGCGGCCGGAGACAGGCGGGCCAGGGAGGGGCAGGUGGCUCUGGGGCAGCCCGUCACAGACAGCCUGAAGGACCGUAAGGAGCUGGAGCAGGAGAGGCAGGCGGACGAGGAGGAACUGGCCCAGCAGUAUGAGCUGAUCAUCCAGGAGUGUGGCCACGGCAGGUUCCAGUGGCAGCUGUUCCUGGUGCUGGGCCUGGCCCUCAUGUCGGAUGGGGUGGAGGUGUUCGUGGUGGGGUUCGUUCUACCCAGCGCCGAGACGGACAUGUGUGCUCUGGGUGGCUCCAACUCCAGAUCUGGAUGGCUAGGCAGUAUUGUGUACCUGGGGAUGAUGGUGGGGGCGUUCUUCUGGGGGGGCAUGUCGGACAAGGUGGGCCGCAGACAGUGUCUGCUCAUCUGCAUGUGUGUGAACGGCUUCUUCGCCUUCCUCUCCUCCUUCGUUCAGGGUUAUGGCAUCUUCCUACUCUGCCGCGUGAUCGCAGGCUUUGGAACAGGGGGAGUUGUACCCAUCGUCUUCUCCUUAUUUGCGGAGGUGCUGUCCAGAGAGAAGAGAGGGGAGCACCUGAGCUGGCUCUGCAUGUUCUGGAUGAUUGGAGAGAUCUAUGCUUCAGCCAUGGCCUGGGCCAUUAUACCACACUACGGCUGGAGUUUCAGUAUGGGUUCUGCCUACCAGUUCCACAGUUGGAGAGUGUUUGUGGUCGUCUGCGCCCUGCCCUGCGUUUGUGCUGUUGUGGCUCUCACUUUCAUGCCCGAGAGCCCCAGGUUUUACCUGGAGGUGGGGAAGCACGACGAGGCUUGGAUGAUCCUCAAGCAGAUCCAUGACACCAACAUGCGAGCGCGUGGGCAGCCGGAGAAAGUCUUCACCGUGAACAGAAUCAAGAUCCCCAAGCAUUUGGAUGAGCUGGUGGAGAUUAAAUCAGAGUCGGGGAACCCAGUCUCCAAGGCCCUCUUCAGGUCCAAGACAGAGCUAUGUGGGAUCUGGGUUAACUUUAUGAAGUGUUUCGACUACCCUCUGAAAGAAAGCACUAUCAAGCUAGCUAUUGUUUGGUUUACGCUGUCAUUUGGGUACUACGGCCUGUCUGUGUGGUUCCCUGACGUCAUCAAGCACCUCCAGGCAGAUGACUACGCCUCCAAGGUGAAGAUCCACAGCAACGAACGCAUCGAGGACUUCACCUUCAAUUUCACCAUGGAGAACCAGAUCCACACCAAUGGUGUCUUCAUCAACGACAGAUUUGUUAAUAUGAAGUUGAAGUCCGUCACCUUCAUUGACUCCACCUUCCGUAACUGCUACUUUGACGACGUGACCUCGGUGGGAUCCUACUUCCGGAACUGUACCUUCAUCGAGGCGUUCUUCUACAACACUGACAUCGAUGACUCCAAACUGAUAGAUGACACAGAGGUGAUCAACAGCACGUUUCACCACAACAAGACGGGCUGUCAGAUGACAUUUGAUGACGACUACAGCGCCUACUGGGUCUACUUCAUCAACUUCCUUGGAACUCUGGCUGUUCUGCCCGGCAACAUCGUCUCAGCACUGCUCAUGGAUAAAAUCGGACGCCUUUCCAUGUUAGGUGGCUCCAUGGUUCUGUCAGGGAUCAGUUGUUUCUUCCUGUGGUUCGGCACCAGUGAGUCGAUGAUGAUCUUCAUGCUGUGCCUUUACAACGGCCUGAGCAUAUCAGCCUGGAACUCACUGGACGUGGUCACCACAGAGUCCUUCCCUACAGACAGAAGAGGGACAGGUUUUGGGUUCUGUAACGCUUUGUGUAAGCUGGCUGCAGUGUUGGGAAACCUGAUCUUUGGUUCUCUGGUUGGCAUCACCAAGUCCAUCCCCAUCCUCCUGGCCUCAUCUGUGCUGGUGUGUGGAGGCCUGGUGGGGCUCCGGCUGCCUGAUACCAGGGCCAACGUACUGAUGUAGCCCCAGGAAGGACCACCUGGCCUGUGGAAGACUUGGGCCAAACCUGGUGCAAAGGGUUUGCUUCAAACAUGUCCUAUGGAUGUUUGAGAUUUGAUUUGCUUAUUGCCGCUUGUGGUCUCAAAGGGAGUUCAAUUGCAUAACUCCCCACCCCCACCCCAUAUUGCUACAAAACAGUAUAUCUACUUUCACUUGAUCAAUUUAUGUAUGUACAAGACACAACCCAAGCUCCAGACCAUCUGCACAAUUCCCUGGUGUCAAAGGGAAACUCCUAUUUAUUAUUGAAUGUAAUAUUUGGGGAUGUCCAGGAUGGAAUGAUGUCACUCAAUAUUUUCAUGUUAUUUCAUCAUGAUAUAAUCAUAAGAGUUAGUGGGGUAUAUAUUUUAGUGAAGCUUGUGGCGAGCAUUGUUCAGGGGAAUUGAUGGUCAGUUGUUCAUGACUGAUUGAUGGCCAGGCCAUUGCCUGUGGAUUAUGUCCAUCCAUCCCUGUAUAGUACUGGCUGUGAAGGGAACUACUGUAUAUGGGUCCUGUAGUUGGCUGAAGUAGACUCUAUAUCAGUGUCAAGGCCUGUUUGCUAUGAGCUGGCUUGUGAAGUCAGUACUGAGUUAGUGCUAUGUGAGUUGUAUAGAUGUCAGUAGCGCCUGUUGCUUUGUAUCUUAUGAGCAGUAGCUUCCAGGCAUGUUUGUCUGGAGUCAUUGCAGGGGCAGGGUUAGUGCUGUACAUAUGAAUGCGUUCUUAUUAGGCCAGGACAGAUGGAGGAGAGAGGGGAUAACAAGCUGUUCUGAGCACAGCCACCCUGCAGUGGGAGAGACGGGGGAAUAGAUGAUCAGAAAGACUGGAGACCACACAGCUGCAACACAGCUGGCCUAGACAGACAGGCCCAGGGAGAGAAUAAGGGUAUUUCUGGGCCACCGAGUGUAGAUGGAUCUUUGUCAGGCUUGACGUGUUCUCACAUAAUGUUUCACUUGUAAUGUCUGCUAGAUAUACGCACAUACCCUGAACUGUCAACCAUGAAGAGUCAUGGUGAUGGACAGGUCCUAACUAAGCUAAGCUUCUCCCAGAUAACAUCUGAAACUAUAAUAAUGUGUUUGUUGUCAGUUGUGGCUAUUUAUUUAUUAGUUUACACUGACAGAUGCAUAAAGAUGUGUUUUUAUUACAGUGUUCUGCCCCACUCUACCACAGUCAUAUAUAAACACUCAAUGUCAAAGCCCUUUGCACCAGCUCUCUAGGCCAUAUUGAAUAACUUGAUUUGUUGUUAUUUGAAGUGUACAUACUAAAUGUAUCAAUAUGUUAAUAUUUAUGGUUUUUUUGCGGGUAUGUAUCUGCAGCUGUUCUAAAGAAUUUGUUGGGGGAAAUGUAAGAAUCAAAUUUUUUUGUAUCUACUCUUGUUCUCCACUUCUCCUAUGUGUUGUAUUGUAUGCAGGCUUCCUGAUUGGGAUUUAUUUAUGUUCAGCCUUUGAUUUGGCGUUUCUCUUCGGCACUGACUUUGUAAUGACAUGUCAGGCUGCUUCCUUUUCAAGAUACUGAAUGGCCUUUUAUUUUUUUUAAAUGUGCCUCUUCUUCACCGGAACGUUCUCCUCAUAGACAACAGAACAGGAGACUGAAGGGUACAGGAGGUAAACAGGAAGUGAACUCUGUGUGUGUGUGUGUGUGUGUGUGUGUGUGUGUGUGUGUGUGUGUGUGUGUGUGUGUGUGUGUGUGUGUGUGUGUGUGUGUGUGUGUGUGUGUGUGUGUGUGUGUGUGUGUGUGUGUGUGUGUGUGUGUGUGUGUGUGUGUGUGUGAUGUCCCUUCACAUUGUGACGUGUAAAAGGUACAACCUCCAUAUCAGUUUAAAAAAAGAUGCCCUCCCCUCAGAUGAAGUUGGAAGACAAUAUUAUUUUAAAACUGGAUUGGAAAAUAUCAAAUGUUAUUUAGAGCAAUAAGUAAGUAGUAAGUAAGUAAGUUAGUAACUGCUUGCAUAAGAGUGACCCCCCCCCCCACAGGAUGUAAUUGAAGUGAAAUGACGUGAAAACAACGUUGAUUCAACCAGUGUGUGCCCAGUGGGAAUGCAUUUGCGUGGAUAUUUUAAGCAAUAUUUAAACAGUUUUACAACAUUGAGUAAACUAUUCCAGUGCUUGUUAUUUAAAAAAAACACCUGUGACAAUUUGGAAGACAUUUUGGAAUCAGUAACAAAACAGUAUUUUUCUAAAUGUUGUACACAUAAUUCAGUACGUAGCACAUGUUUAAAUCUUUUCACUGUAUAAUGGCAUUUCAUUAGUGCUGUACACUGCAUCAUUUUUCACUCUCUAAAUUCUCACCCAAAGUUGACAAAUGCGUCUGACGUUGAUAAGGCAUCCUGCAGAUAGCUGUCGUUACUGUAAGCAGUAUGAUCACCAGACCUCAGUCACAGGUCUACAUCUCUACAUGGCUCCUUAGUAUUAUCUAUGGCUUACUGCCUGUGUAGCUCUCCUGUUCCCGUGUGUGUUGUAUCUGUGAGUAUAUUGUAGUGUUCGUAGUCCACUGUAUCAAAACUGCGGUCUGCUUGCCCCCUCCAUAUUUUAGCUUUACAUCAUCUCGGAUAUGGUAAAGUCUGUUUGCUGAUUGUUUGCUUCUUGGUAUGCACUACAAAUGAUCUGACUUGUUGAUGAUUUCAUGAUUUUAUAAGUGAUGACAUAAUCAAUGGAACUUGAGUAUUUAUAGUAGUAGUAACAACAUUCUGAUUGGGCUUGUGUCAAACCAAAGCUACUGACUGACUACUGUUACCAUCUCAGCAGUGUAGUGCAUACAAUAAGAUACCAGUUAUUUAUGAACAAGGGUUGCAGCUGUAUGGUGGUACUGGAUGUGUUAAACCUAGCGUCUUAGCCUAAUUGUGACAGCAUUGCCUGUGGUAUCUUACAAAGGAUAAAUAAGUGUCUCUCUUUUUUGUGUGGGUGUGUGGUUUGGAUUCACCAUCAUUGUGGGGACCAGAAGUCCUCACAAGGAUAGUAAAAACAAGGAAAAUCUGGACAGGUAUGGACAUUUCGCCAGUCCCCACAAGGAAAAUUCCUAUGUUUGACUUAGAGGUUAGGUUAGGGAUAAGAGUUAGGCUUAGUUUUAGGGUUAACGUUAGAGUUAGGUUAAGGGUUAGGGAAAAUAGGAUUUUGAAUGGGAAUAAAUAGUUUGGUUCCCACAAGGAUAGUAAAACAAAUGUGUGUGUGUGUGUGUGUGUGUGUGUGUGUGUGUGUGUGUGUGUGUGUGUGUGUGUGUGUGUGUGUGUGUGUGUGUGUGUGUGUGUGUGUGUGUGUGUGUGUGUGUGUAAGUAAGUAUUGUACAUAUCAAUGCUGUGGUUGGUGGACUUCUGAGUUAAAUCUGUAUGCUUUUUGAUUGACUGAUGCCUCUCCAGCUGUGUUCAAGCGAUAAAUCCAUCUAUCCAUGUUCUACGUCUGUGUUUCCUUGGCUAAAAGCCACAUGUCCUCUACUACUGUGUGUACAAACUUGCAUGUGUGUAUGAAACUUCUCUUUUUUUGUGCUCAACUUUGUGUUCUUAUUGUAUUCUUCUGCCAGAAGAAGAGAAAAUGUAGAUUUUUGGAAGAAAAAAAGUGGAUGUAUCACUCGUUAGUUUUUUGGGGACAUUUUUUUAAGUGAACAAUGGUGUGGGCUCAGAUGAACAAAGGUGUGGGCUCAGAUGAACAAAGGUGUGGGCUCAGAUGAACAAAGGUGUGUACAUUAUUGUGAAGGGCAUGCCAAUUGUGGGAUGACUGUAUGUACAGACGUCUAUAAACAUGAAGCUGUGUAGAGAAAUAUUUGCCAAAUGAUGCCCUGGGAAUAUUGUUUUAAUUAAAGGAGAAUGGCAGGAAUUGCAAAUAGUGCUGCUUAUGAGCAUCAAGUAUAUGAAAUAAAGAUUUAUGUUCUCUAGCAAAUUCAA